AUGGCUUCUUCUUCUUCAGUCUGUUCUAUAAAAUACGAUGUUUUCCUUAGUUUUCGAGGUGCAGACACUCGUCAUAGUUUUGUUAGCCAUCUCUACGGUAAUCUGCAUGAUCGACUAGGGAUUCCAACGUUCAUAGACAAUAGACUUGAAAGAGGAGAAGAAAUCGAGCCAGCAAUUCUGAAAGCAAUUGAAGAUUCACAUAUUUCUGUGAUUAUUUUCUCAAAGAAUUAUGCAUCUUCUCCUUGGUGCUUGGAUGAAGUUGUCAAGAUCUUUCAAUGCAAAGACGAAUUCGGUCAAAAGGUAAUUCCUGUUUUCUACCAUGUUGAUCCAACCGAUGUCUACAACCAAACAGGAAGUUUUGCAGAGGAUUUUGCUAAGCACGACCAAGAGAUUUGA